AUGGCGGUCAGUAUGAAGGCGGCAGAGAACGCGCGGUCACAUGACAAGGCAUUCCCGCCGCUUGUGCCGCCGCAGCCGCAGCUGGAGUUGCAGUUGCAGUUUCAGGCUUCUCCAUCCGAUCCGAGUCGUGGAUCAUCUCCCUCUCGCCAUUGCUAUCGUCAUACCUGCUAUUCUGGGUGCCAUUCUCAUGGCCCGGACGCUGACGCUCGCCACGAGGAGAAAACCGCACCUGCGCCAUCGCCUUUGCCCUCGCCUAAGGCUCUUAUAACUUGCUCAUCCCCUCCUCCCUCCUUACCUUCAACAUCCACGGUUCAUUCCUAUCCCAAUCACCCCACCGGUCUUGUUCAGAAACCUCAACAGGCAUACUUUAGCCCACACCGGGUCGCUUCCUUGUCCAGGUCAUCGUCCGCUUACCGCUUCUCUCCCGCUACCGCUUCGACUGUGACGCUCAACGAGUGCUGCGCGCAAACCGGCGCGCAGCCACCCCGCACACGAAGAAAGAUGGGCUUCUCAAAGACGCAGAGGAUCUGUAUCCUCCUGGGCAUAGAUGCUGCCUUUUUCCUGGUGGAAUUGGUCGUCGGAUAUGCAGUGCAUUCUCUGGCCCUUGUGGCCGACUCGUUUCAUAUGUUAAAUGAUGUCCUAUCUCUCUGCGUUGGGCUAUGGGCAGUCCGUGUCGCCAAUACCGGAAGCUCAAAAAUGUACACCUAUGGCUGGCAACGAGCCGAAACAUUGGGCGCUCUUGUCAAUGGAGUUUUUCUGGUUGCCCUUUGCCUGUCCAUCUUUCUGGAAGCAAUCCAGCGAUUCGUCGAACCACAGGUUGUUUCCAACCCUAGACUCGUGCUCAUUGUCGGCUGUAUGGGCCUUGCCUCAAACAUCCUCGGACUCUUCCUUUUCCAUGAGCACGGCCAUGGCCACGGCGAGAAAGAGCAUAUGCACAAGGGGGAUCUGGUGAGAUCGGCCGAAGAAGGCCACGGCCAUCUUUACGAGGACAACGGCGAAACCCAGAAAGUUGUCGACGAACAUGGGAACAUCGAAGAUGUGCUGCCAGAAUUCCAAGUGGGCAGCUUCCGAAGUCCGGCCCGGCGUGCAUUCACAAAGUCUGAUGAAGAGAACACGACUAUCUCGGCUAGAUCUUCGCACAUCCCCACUCGCAAGUUGAUCGUUAAUGGCGAGAUCCAUCCCCGGCAUCGCCGUCGCACAUCAGGCUCGUUUGGUAGGGGCUUCGGCUCUGUCGACAACAUUCACAUCCAUCCGGCGUCAUUUCGUCAGGAUAUUAUCCAAGCUGCGCGGUUGGAAGUGCAAUCCGAAUCUGAAGCGUCAGAGGAAGACGCCCUGUUGAUGGAGCCCGAGUCACCAGAGCGACAUCUUGACGGAUCCCCAGACGGCCUCCAAUCACCGUCCAAGAACGACAAGCGAUUCACCGGUUAUGGUAGCAUAAACAAACGGAAGAGCGUUGACUACAAUCACGCGGCACACUACCACAAUCAAGAUCAAGACGGCUCAAAAGCCGGCCAAGGACAUGGUGGGCACGGCCAUUCCCAUGGAGAUCUGAAUAUGCGCGGAGUCUUCCUCCAUGUCAUGGGCGAUGCUCUCGGAAACAUUGGUGUAAUAGUGACUGCACUGAUCAUCUGGCUGGCUAAGUUCCCUGGACGCUAUUACUUCGAUCCGGCAAUCUCCCUUGUCAUCACGAUGAUUAUCCUAGCUAGCGCCAUCCCACUCUGCAGAGCAGCAGGGCGAAUCCUCCUCCAGGCAGUUCCUGUAGGCAUGUCAAUCGAUGAGAUCACAGCGGACAUUGAGUCGCUACCACGAGUCAUUGAAGCCCACCAUCUCCACGUUUGGCAGCUCAGUGACACCAAGCUCGUUGCGAGCUUGCACGUCAAGGUUGACUGCGAGAUUGACGGCACCGGAUCCGCCAGCUACAUGCAUCUAGCGCGGGAAAUUCGAGGUUGCCUACACGGCUACGGCAUCCACAGCUCAACCAUCCAGCCCGAGUUUGUGAACGAGGCAGAUCCGCAUUCCGCCGAACCGGGGGUUGAUCCUGACGAGGGUGCUGGGAGUGGGCACCUGACUCCUAAGAACAACGCGAAUGCCAGCAAGACUGCGAGUCUUAGGAGUGAAGGACAACCGGCGUGUUUGCUCGAUUGCGGUGAUAUGUGCGCCGGGAGCAAGAUGUGUUGUCCUAAUGAUGGCAAGAACGGAAAGAAAUGA